AUGUCAGUUUCAGCAUCAAAAGCUAAAAGAGAACAGAAAAGAUUAGAAAGAGAAGCUAAGAAAGCAGCUGAAGGUAAAAGUAUUAAAAAAACUAAAAAACAAGCUGAAAAAGAUGCAGAAGAGGAUGAAGUUGAAGAUGCAAGUGAACAAGUUGCAAAGUUAAAAUUACAAACUGAUGAACAUGGAUUAUCUGAUAGAGUCACUACGGGUGUUCUAGAUUCUUUAAAAACUUCAAGAGAUAUUAAAUUAUCUUCAGUAUCAUUAUUAUUUCAUGGUAAAGUAUUAAUUCAAGAUUCAACUUUAGAAUUGAAUUAUGGUCGUCAUUAUGGUUUAUUAGGUGAAAAUGGUUGUGGUAAAUCAACUUUAUUAAAAUCAAUUGCUGCAAGAGAGUUUCCAAUUCCUGAACAUAUUGAUAUUUAUUUAUUAAAUGAACCAGCAGAUGCAACUGAUUUUUCUGCUUUAGAAUAUGUUGUAAGAGAAGCAGAACAUGAAAUGAAAAGAAUUGAAGAUUUAAUUGAAGAAUUAAUUGUUAAAGAAGGUCCUGAAUGUCCUGCUUUAGAAGGGUUAUAUGAAAAAAUUGAUGAAAUGGAUCCUUCAACUUUUGAAUCAAGAGCUGCUAUUAUAUUAACUGGUUUAGGUUUCAAUGCAAUUACAAUCAAAAAAAGAACAAGAGAUAUGUCUGGUGGUUGGAGAAUGCGUGUAGCUUUAGCAAAAGCAUUAUUCGUUAAACCUACAUUAUUAUUAUUAGAUGAUCCAACUGCACAUUUAGAUUUAGCUGCAUGUGUUUGGUUAGAAGAAUAUAUGAAAAGAUAUGAUCGAACAUUAAUAUUAGUUUCACAUUCACAAGAUUUCCUUAAUGGUGUAUGUACAAAUAUGAUUGAUAUGAGAAUGAAACAAUUACAAUUAUAUGGUGGUAAUUAUGAUUCUUAUGUUAAAACAAGAGCUGAAUUAGAAACAAAUCAAAUGAAACAAUAUAAUAAACAACAAGAAGAAAUUGCUCAUAUUAAAAAAUUUAUUGCAUCAGCUGGUACUUAUGCUAAUUUAGUUAAACAAGCAAAAUCAAGACAAAAAAUUUUAGAUAAAAUGGAAGCAGAUGGUUUAAUUCAACCAGUUGUACCUGAUAAAGUAUUUACAUUUAAAUUCCCAGAUGUUGAAAAAUUACCACCACCAGUAUUAGCAUUUGAUGAUAUGUCAUUUUCAUAUUCAGGUAAAGAUGAAGAUAAUUUAUAUGAACAUUUAGAUAUUGGUAUUGAUAUGGAUUCAAGAGUUGCAUUAGUUGGACCAAAUGGUGUUGGUAAAUCAACUUUAUUAAAUUUAUUCCAAGGUAAAUUAAAUCCACAAAAGGGUAGAAUUAUCAAACAUACACAUAUUAAAUUAGGUGUAUAUUCACAACAUUCAGCAGAUCAAUUAGAUUUAACUCAAACUCCUUUAGAAUUUGUACGUACUAAAUUUUCAAGCAUUUCACAAGAUUAUCAAUAUUGGAGAGGUCAAUUAGGUCGUUAUGGUUUAAGUGGUGAAGCACAAACUGCUCAAAUGGCUACUUUAUCAGAAGGUCAAAGAUCAAGGGUUGUUUUUGCACUUUUGGCAUUAGAAGCUCCAAAUUUAAUUUUAUUGGAUGAACCUACAAAUGGUUUAGAUUUAUCAACUAUAGAUUCUUUAGCAGAAGCUAUAAAUGCAUUUAAUGGUGGUGUUGUAGUUGUUUCACAUGAUUUCAGAUUAUUAGAUAAAGUUGCUAAAGAUAUUUUUGUUAUUGAAAAUAAAACAGCAACAAGAUGGGAUGGUUCAAUUUUAGAUUAUAAAAAAUCAUUAGCUGAUAAAGUCGUUCUUUAA